AUGUCAGGCGCAACCGAAAUCCAGAAUCUCAAAGACCGCGACCCCUUCGCCGACGAGGACGAGGAGUCGGGACAGAAUUCCCAAUCCCAAGAAAAAAUACAUAUUCGUAUUCAACAGCGCAAUGGACGCAAGACCUUGACUACCGUGCAAGGCAUACCGACUAAGUUUGAUCACAAGAAGAUCCUCAAGGUCAUCAAGAAGGAGUUCGCUUGCAAUGGCACGAUCAUCAGCAGCGCCGAGUCGAAAGGCAUGGGAGAGGUGAUCCAGCUCCAGGGCGACCAUCGCCUCAAGAUCAAAGAAUUCCUUGCCGAUGCCGACGCGGGCCUUGGCCUUGACGAGAAGACCAUUAAGAUCCACGGCUUCUAA